AUGACAAUGAAUUUCAUACUACGAACUUCCAGGGAGUAUCUAGAUAAAUGCAAUGAACGCUAUAUUGGUGAAAGGUUUACACCCGAAACCGGAACUGUUACUCUUGGCAAUGAAGAACAAAGUACUGCACGUACAGUGAACCUUUGGGGCUUAAACGGAAUUCUAGGUUACACUCUGCUUCUAAAGCCUAACCGGUCUGUAAAAGACCCAGCCUGUGCCACUAUUAUGUUUAAAGGACGUCAUGUAACAGCUUAUGCACGUCUUCAAAAUUCCAUAGGUGGUCGUGUUAUUUUCCGGCAGCAUGAGCAAUCUAAUUAUACAACUAUUUAUUCAGAUUUGUUCUACAUGGCCCCAGGAAGCCAACAACGGGCUUCUUAUAAAUGGUAUUUCUUUCAUCCAACUAGCAGAACAGAAUCUGCUACCAUGUGUCGUUCACUGAAAACUCGUUACCAACCCCGAAAUAGGGUGGAGAACCUACCUAUGUUACCUGUAGGUAAUUUACCAUAUGAUGCCAGAGAAGCUUGGGUGGAACCAAAUAUAUGGUUGACUGGUACUAACAACAUUAUUGGUAAAUGGAUCGGAAUUGUUGAUGAAAACGAUGAAGUGAUUGCUUGUAGUUUUAUCCAAACAUACACACAUAAGACAGCACAGGUCAACUUUGAUGGUGACGGAGCUUAUGGUUAUGUGCGUUUUGAACAAGAUUCACCAUACGAUCCAACAAUUCUUCAAGUGAACUUCAACGACCUCAAUGAUCGUGCUUCUGCUUACCAUAUACAUGUAUAUCCAGUUCCUCAACGCAUUUCACUAAAUGACCAAUGUUCAAACGAUGAAAUUUCUGGUCACUGGAAUCCUUUUCAAGUCAAAAAAAGUGAAUCACCACCACCUGGAAAUGGUACUAAUGACCAAUAUGAAGUUGGUGAUUUGAGUGGUAAAUUUGGUAAGUUGAAUGGUCGUGACAGCUUCUCGGAAGUAUAUUGGGACUGGAACUUACCCCUGUUUGAAGAAUAUAGCAUCAUUGGACGAUCUUUUGUUGUACACAGAACAGAUGGUAGUCGCUGGUUUUGUGCCAAUGUUAACUAUCCAGAAGACACAGUGAUUCUUAUGGCAAAAUUUUGGUACCCCGUGCUUGGUUAUAUGAUGCUGAGACAAAGUAAAUCCGAUGCUAUGUCAGAUACAUCGAUCUAUUUUGAACUUGAUUACAGUGAUGGGUCUGGACCAACUACAGAUCAUGUUUGGAAAAUUGCAGAACGGAGGUCAACUGAUUGGAAUGACAAGGAUAGUGCUCGAAGAUGCAGUUCAACAGGGAAUGUGUUCAACCCUUUUAAUCUUCGUCUAGAUGGACAAUAUAAUGAAACCUGUACCAGAGAACGUGGUUUUCAUUGUGCAGUUGGUGAUACAACGAAACGACUGGGAGGAAUACAAAUUCGAUCUGGUGCUAAACGGCAACCAGCCAAGAAGACGUUCAUGACAACAACUUUUUUGCCACUCCAUGGACCCUACAGUGUAGAAGGAACUUCUGUUGUUAUAUUUGAUACAAACAGACAGAACAGACUUGCAUGUGCAACAAUCUACCGCCACUGGCCAUACCAAGCCACAAUGCCACACCUGAUUGAUUCUAAAACUCAGCUUCAAGGUAAAAUAACCUUUACACAAGAAACUGAGUUCGAUGCACCCAUGGUCUCUAUGAAUAUGGAUGGCUUAAAUAAUGGAAUAAAUUCUUGGGCAAUUUAUUCUAAUCCUGCAGUUGAAGAUAGUCAUCAAUCCUGCUCCAAGACAGCACUUUCAUCAAUUUGGAACCCUUUUAGCAUUCCUCCAGAGAGUUUACCCUCAGUUGGACAAGGAUCUCCAAGUCAAUAUCCCAUGGGAGACAUGAGUGGCAAAUUUGGUUAUUUUGAAGACCGCGGAAAGGAUAGAAGAAAAAUGCGAGAUUAUAAUCUGUGUCUUUACGGACCUGCAAGUGUAAUGGAGAGAGCGAUGGCUGUGUCUUAUGACUAUAAGAACCUGAAAGGAUGUGGUAACUUCUCUUUUGAUUAUUCUAAGGCUGAACGAUGGGAAGCACGAAUUGAUUUGUGGGGCUCAAUUUAUGGGUAUGUGCAAAUGUGGCAAUAUGUCUACGGGGAUGGCCAUACAACCGAAACUUGGGUUUAUAUAGAUGUUCACAGCAAAGAAGGUCACAUGACCAACAAUCACGAAUGGAAGAUCUUUUCCAAUCCAAUAUGGGAACAGCAGUUCAAUGACAAUGACACCAAAGCUUAUAACACAAUGGAUUCUGGUGAGGGCCACAACAACAGGCAGAAUCAGAUGGAGGACGAAUGGAGGGCAAACACUGAAGAAGCUGUACAGAGGGCGUGUAGUCGCGUCGGAAAACUGUAUAACCCAUUUGAUGUCAAUACCAACAAUGGUUAUGGUGAAUGUGAUGUUAGCAAUCAAGAAAGAUGUGCUGUUGGUGAUUUAUCAGCUAAACAUGAAACUUACAAUCUUGGAGAAAAUGGUUUCUUCUAUGUUGAUAAGAAUCUACCACUUUUUGGAGAAUGGUCAGUUUAUGGCCGAUCAUUCGUGUUCUUCUCAGAAAAUCAAGGAGAAAAAAUGAUGACAUGUGCAGAUAUCAACCCUCUGAAGCAACCCUAUGUUGAAAUGUCAUACUGGAGAACUAAACCAUUUGACAAAGUGGAUUUAAUUAACGACAUAGCAAAAGCUUUAAAAACGGAAGCCUGGCAUUUAUCAAUUGAACAUUUGCCUAUCCAACAUAAAUGCCGAGUAUUAAAACUGUACUUCCUGGGAGAUACAGAAUACAAUCCGCUGCGUUGGAAGGUAAAGUUCCAGAAAAUUUUAAGUCAACGAGACAAGUCUCUGGGAGAUUUCUAUCCAGAUUAUUGUUCUAGUUCUGGUAAUUAUCAUUUAUUUCAGUUUACCAUUAUUGUUGUUGAUGCUUUGCUCUAGCUUAAUGGCACUCCA